AUGGAGGCUAAGGAGUAUACUCCCAGCUUCACCAGCCGGAGUACAUCCAUCAUACCUUUCGAUCAACAGUCCGACGACCGAAUCAUUCAAGACGAAGAGAAGCUGCCGCCAGUAGAUGGGGGUCUUCAAGCAUGGCUGUUCCUUAUGGCUUCUGCAAUGCUCGAAGCUCUAGUUUGGGGUUAUGCAUUCGCCUUCGGUAUAUUUCAAGACUACUAUAGCACACACGAGCCAUUCAAAGGAUCUGGAAACAUCGCAGUUAUUGGUACCUGUGCAAUGGGUAUAGCUUACCUGAUUGCUCCUUUGGCAAUCGUUUUGAUGAUUUUGGUGCCUUGGAUUGCUCGCUGGGUGUCAACCAUAGGAGUUCUUAUCAUGUGUUUGUCUUUGGCACUGAGUUCAUUUUCUACCAACGUGACGCAUCUUAUUUUGUCGCAAGGAAUCGGCUUUGGAAUUGGUGGCUGUUUUGCCUAUACUCCCACCAUCCUAUUCAUGUCGGAGUGGUUUGAUAAACGAAGAGGUCUUGCAUUUGGUAUUGUCUGGGCCGGGUCUGGUGUCUCCGGCAUAGUCUUCCCACUCGCCAUCCAGUGGCUUUUGAACCAGUAUGGGAUUGAAGCUACGCUGCAGAUAUCGUCCGUGACAUUGUUCAUCCUUGCUGUGCCAUUCCUCUACUUUCAUCGACCGAGACUGCAUACGACAGCAAUCGCGUACCACCGUCUGAAUUUUCAUUUCUUGUACAACAAAGUCUUCAUCAUUUACCAACUCGGCAACACUCUUGAAGCAAUCGGUUUCUUCCUGCCGACAAUCUACCUUCCAACAUACGCCCGCAGUCUAGGCGCUGGUGACUACAUGGCGUCUCUCACUGUAAUCCUCGUCAACCUAUUUGCUGUGUUCGGCUCUGUCAUCAUGGGAUUCCUUUCCGAUCGAUAUCACGUCACUACCUGCAUUCUCAUGUCGACUGUGGGUACCGUUCUCUCGGUCUUCUUUAUCUGGGGUUUCGCCGACAGUAUCCCCCCUUUAUAUGUCUUUUGUAUUGCCUAUGGUCUCCUCGCAGGGGGGUUCUCCUCCACAUGGGCGGGGGUCUCCAACGAAGUGCAGAAAGCCAAUCCAUUAGCAGACGCGACUGUCAUCUUCCCAUUCAUGGAAACGGGACGUGGAAUCGGAAAUGUGGCAAGUGGACCUCUCAGCGAGGCUCUGCUCAAGGGAGAUACUUGGAAAGGACACGCGAUCGGUGCAUAUGGAACAGGCUACGGGACACUCGUUGUCUGCACUGGCGCAACUGCAUUGAUCGGCGGCCUCUCUGUGGUUGCCCGGCACCUUAACUGGAUAUAA